UAAGACCAUGAUACAGGUCCAAGGUUGGAACUUUGAAUUCUUUCAGCAAAUAGCCCAACCACUUUCUGCCCGGAGGCCCCGGCCCAACUUUGGAAGAAAACCCGACCCGCCCAGAGAUCUCAACCCUUCCCCCAAUUUUUCCCCCAUCCAUUCCAGUCCCAACUCCCAACCCAAACCCUAACGACCACCACCACGUGCGACGGCACUCCUCUUUGACACAAGUCACGUGCCGGACACAAAUCGAUAAUUAGAGAAAAGAGAAAGAAGGAAGAAGAAACACAGGCUUUUGGAAACCCUACCACCCUGCCCUCUCUCUUUCUCUCGCAAUCUCUCAGACGUCUCUGCAUUUCAGCCUCUUACCUUCAAGUCACAUGUUCUAAUUUCAGGCAAAACAUCAUAUGGUGUGGUGCUUAUCUUGUUUUCUGCUUUACUUCUAAGUAAGAGCAACAACAUCCAAGGAAGCUCUCCGUAUAAGAAUGCUUAUGCACUUGUUAUUGAGAUUCUACAUCCAAUCAUUUUGGGAGGCACUGAUAAAGAGUUUAUAACAUCCUAACAAAGACAAGAUUUUGAAUAAGGGGAAUCGUUCAUUUGCUUUGCGACUUCCUUGUUUUUUUAUAUUGGAGGUGCAAAGUUCAUUGAUUCAGAACUCUUAUUAGUUAUUUACAGUGUCCUUUUCAAAUGUCAGAAGGUUCCAUGGCCGUAGUUAAGCCUGAGAUGAAAUCAUACAUUUGGCUUCAAACUGUUGAUGGUUCACUCCAACAAGUGGAAGAAGAAGUUGCCAUGUUUUGCCCCAUGAUAUGCCGAGAAGUAAUUCAGACAGGCAUGGGAUCUUCCAAAACCUAUGCUAUAUCACUUCCACAACGAGUUAAUCCUGCUAUCUUGGGCUUAAUUCUUGAUUACUGUCGAUUUCACCAAGUACCAGGUCGUUCUAAUAAGGAGCGCAAAACUUUUGAUGAAAAAUUUAUCCGGAUGGAUACAAAAAGGUUAUGUGAGUUGACAUCUGCAGCUGACAGCCUCCAAUUGAAGCCUUUAGUUGAUCUCACAAGCAGAGCACUUGCUCGGAUUAUUGAAGGAAAAUCUCCUGAGGAGAUACGUGAAACAUUUCAUUUACCCGAUGACCUCACAGAGGAAGAGAAGUUAGAGCCCCUAAGAAACAUCACUGAUGACCCACGUAUUCGGCUUUUGAAUCGAUUGUAUGCAAGAAAGAGGAAAGAAUUAAAAGAGAGAGAGAAAUUGAAGAAUGUCGAGGUUGAGGAGGAGCGUGUGGAUGACCGCUCAGUUGAUGAUCUCUUGUCAUUUAUAAAUGGUGGAGAUGGAGAUACAAAGGGAGCGAGAACCAAUAAGAAUAAAAAGAAAAAUCGGAGGAGAAAAGAUCAAUCAAAGGAUUCUUCUUUAAACAAUGUAAAUGGAAACCAUAAUAAGGAGUUGCUUGAUCUUCCAUCUGCUUGCCAUGAUGAUGAGGUUAUCAAUGUUGUAUUGGCGUCUCCUAGUACAAGUUCAAAGUUGCAAGAUUCUGCCGCUGUGACUUUUUCCCCGAAGCUUGAAUUUGAGGAUGUUGAUAUUGAUGAUGAUUUAGAUCCUGCAAUGAAGGAGGAGCUUGAUAGGGAAGUGGAGGAUUUUGCACGAAGAUUAAAUUCAGAUUGGCCAGAAAGAAUGCAGGAAAUUUUAUCUUUGGGCCAAGAAAGAAGGUUUAUGCCUAUUUCUUUAAAUGGCAAUGGUUCCAUGGGUAGAUAUACAAGUUUGGAUCAGAGAUAAUGAAUCAAUGAUAGAUGACUUAUUUAUUGAAAUGGACAGCAGCCGGCUCGAAUGAUUUGGAGAAGAUGCUGAUAUGGAGCUUGCUACCGUCAAAGGCGAGAAGAGUUCACAUUUUUAUUUUUUUUGGGUGUGGGCAUCAUGUGAGUAUUUUAUUUGUUCUACCAUCGCCAAAAUGCAAUUUAUUUUCAUGGGCGUUUUGUAUGUAGGAAAAUAGAAAAACGCAAAGGAAAAAUAAGUUAAUAGGAAAAAAUAUUUCAUAGUUGGCAAUUCAGGCAUAGUCUGAAUGUGUCAGGCGGUUUGUGAUUUUCAGCAAUUCUCAUUGGCUAGUUUCUGUACUUUCUUGAGAUUAUGUUUUUCAUAAAUUUUUUCAUUUAUCAUAUCUUUAGGCCUUCGGCCACCCCAAGUUUUGUUGAAAA